GACGGAUAUAGGCACUGUAUAGAGGCAUCUGCAGUUAACUGUGUCUUUGCAUGCAAUGACGUAAACGUGAAAAGGAGAGCUAUCGCGUGAUGUGGGGUUAUGUAUACUUAAAGAUCUCUUCCAGCAGACAUAAACCUCUCUCAUGCCCAUCGAAUCUUGCUAAUAUCCCCUAAAAACGAUGGCAUCUCUUCAUAACGUCCUUCUUCUUGGCGGCAGCGGAAAGGUCGCCCAGCUUCUAACGCCGCUGCUCCUCCAACGAUCGUGGAAUGUCACCAGCAUCAUCCGCGACCCCGCCCAGAUCGCAAAUCUGGAGAAGCUUGGCGAGGGCCAAAGCGGAAAACUAAGCGUUCUGGUUCGAAGCUUAGAAGAUGUCACGAGCGAGGCGCAGGCUAAGAGCCUCAUAGACGAGGUUAAGCCGGAUUACGUGGUUUGGAGCGCCGGUGCCGGCGGAAAAGGGGCACCGGAAAGGACAUUCAAGAUUGAUCGUGACGCGGCGUCUCAUUUCAUCCGCGCGUCCGUAGCGACGCCAUCGAUCACCAAGUUCGUCAUGAUCUCCUUCAUCGGGUCCCGCCUGAAGAAGCCGUCGUGGUGGACCGAGGAGAUCUGGCAGGAGGACCUGAACACCACGAGAAAGGUGCUGCAAAGGUACUACGAGGCCAAGGUGGCGGCAGACCAGGUUCUGUACGAGGAGGGGAAGAAGAGGAGCGACUUCGCGGGUAUCUGUCUUCGGCCGGGCGCCCUGACGUCAGAGCCGGCAGGUAAGGUCAGGCUCGGGAAGAUCCCCGUAGCAAAGGGAACUUCGAGUCGUGCGUCAGUCGCAAAUUUGACUGCAUUGCUGCUUGAUGCGCCCAAUGUCAAGAACUGCUGGCUUGACAUGCUGGAUGGUGAUGAAGACCCAGAAGCGGCUGUGAAGAAGGUUGUUGAGGAGGGAGUGGAUGCUGCUGAAGGGGAGCCAUUUUACUAAAGAGUCAGUGUCUCGGUCUAGUCUAUACUCUAAUUUCAAGGCGGCCUUAAAGACACUGCGGUCUAGAUAGCCGCCAUAGGGUCAAUGAAUGUCAGUGGAAUGAGUUAACGAGAUUUUCUACGCCAUUGAGAAUUAUCACAUAAGGAGGUAGGUAGGUACCUAGAUACCUACCGUACCUGCCCCUAUUAACAUGCCACAUAUAAAACAUCUUUCAAAUAGCUUUGCCUAGGGCAUUCAGGAAAUCACAAGUCUCUCAAUUACUAUAAUCU